AUGAAUUCCGAAAGUAAUAUUCGAAAGAUUUUACUGAAUGAAAAGUGGAAUGAUCUCUUUCUGAAAUUCUCAGAAAAGUGUUUUGCAUGUGAAGAUGUCAUGAUGUGGAACGCCAUUGAAAAAUUCAAAGCAAUCAAAUCAGAAAAACAAAGAAGAGAAUUAUUUUACAAUAUUUGUAAUACAUAUAUUCGACUUGGAGCUCCUCUUGAAUUGAAUAUUUCAAGAAAGGAUUUUGGAAUUCCAGAAAUAAUGAAAACAUUUGAAGCUUUGAGAGAAAGUGCAAUCAGAGGUUCCAGUGGCUCACCUUCAGGAACUGAUUCACCAAAGAAACGAACAAUAUUUGCAAUUACAUCUGAAAUGUUUGAUAGAAUUCAAACAGCUUGUGAACACAACAUGUUGGAUAAUUAUACUCGUUUCCAAGCAUCGUAUGAGAAACAGUUGGAGAAGGAAUUGGGAGUUUUACCAAUCAUGAAGGUCUAG